UAUGUACUUGAUGAGUGCAUACACGAUGAGGGAGUUUUUGUACUUGUAAAAGAUUAUCCUUCUGUGGAAAUCUGUUCUGAUGAUGAUUUGAAUUACGUACCGUGUCGUACUAUAUAUCAUUGUACAUAUGUUAAAGUAGUACUAUCACCAA